UGGGUUGAAAACAAAAUGAGUAUGUUUAUGUUAUUUUUUAUAAUAAGUAUAACGACUGCUAAAAAAUUCGAUCAAAAUGAUUUUGAUUAUACUGAAUCUAAAAUAACAAAGAGAUAUGCACCCACAUGGAAAGACUUGGAUACUCGUCCCUUGCCUGAAUGGUACGACACAGCUAAAAUUGGAAUCUUUUUACAUUGGGGAGUAUAUUCAGUACCGAGUUUCGGAUCAGAAUGGUUCUGGAGUAACUGGAAAGCGGGCAACAAUAACACAGUAGCUUUUAUGAAUAAAAAUUAUCCACCUGGAUUUACAUAUCAAGAAUUUGCUCCAAUGUUCACAGCAGAGUUCUUCGACCCUGAUGCUUGGGCGUCUUUAUUUCAAAAAGCUGGUGCCAAAUAUGUUGUCCUAACAAGCAAACAUCAUGAAGGAUUUACAUUAUUUCCUUCCCAUCGCUCCUUUAGUUGGAAUGCUAAGGAGGUUGGUCCGAAACGUGAUAUAGUUGGAGAACUGGCCCAAGCUGUGCGCAAAAAUGAUAUGAAGUUUGGUGUAUAUCACUCACUAUAUGAAUGGUUUAAUCCCAUAUACUUAGAAGACAAGAAAAAUGCAUUUUUAACCAAAGAGUAUCCAAAGAUAAAACUGUGGCCUGAUUUGAAACAGAUUAUUUAUGAUUAUGAACCUUCUGUAAUUUGGUCUGAUGGGGAUUGGGAGGCUUUAGAUGUGUACUGGAACUCAACCGAUUUGCUUGCUUGGCUGUAUAACGAUAGCCCAGUAAAGGAUGAAGUUGUUGUCAAUGAUAGAUGGGGUAUUGGAAUUCCUUGCCACCAUGGAGACUUUUAUAAUUGCGCUGAUAGAUAUAAUCCUGGCAAAUUGCAAAACCACAAGUGGGAGAAUGCUUUUACUAUCGAUUCAAAGUCAUGGGGUUACAGGAGAAACAUGGCAUUGAAUGAAAUACUCUCUGUCAACCAGUUGCUAAAAGAAGUGGUGUCUACAGUCAGUUGUGGAGGUAACGCUCUCAUAAACAUAGGACCAACAAAAGAAGGUACAAUUGCACCAAUAUUUCAAGAGAGACUAUUAGCUCUCGGUGAGUGGUUGGACGUUAACGGAGAGGCCAUAUAUGGAACUUCUCCUUGGAACCAUCAAAACGAUACUAUCAAUGACAAUGUAUGGUACACUUGCACCAAAGCUGAAUACAAUGCUCAUCGAACAUCUUCUGUACCACAUAGAUUUGAUACCAUAAAAGCAAUUUAUGCUAUAUUCCUUCAAUGGCCUGAAAAUAAUAUAUUAAAAGUAGCCAAUAUAGCACCUUAUCUUCAUUCAGGCAUUUAUAAAGUCAAGAUGCUCGGUAAUCAAGAAUAUUUGAAGUGGAAAAUAAGUAGCGGCGCAGCUUUUAUAACGCUACCCGAUAAAGCCACUGUUAGAUCAAAAAAUGCUUGGUCUUUGAAAUUCACACAAAUCUAAGUAGCGAUAUGAAAAUAGUCAAUUUAUACUAGUGAAAUUAAAAAUACAUGUUUUUGAAUAAA